GUCAUCACCCCUUUUAUGAUGUCAUCACCCCAUUUUUUAGCGACUUCACCCCCUUUUUUGACGCCAUCACCCUCUUUUUUGAUGUCAUCAACCCUUUUUUUGGCAUCAUCACCCCCUUUUUUGACAUCAUCAUCCCGUUUUUUGACGUCAUCACCCCGGUUUUUGACGUCAUCACCCCCUUUUUCGACAUCACCCCGUUUUAUCGCAGGUGCCGCUUCGCCCUGGGCAUGGAGGACGGCUCCAUCCCCGACAGCCGCCUCUCGGCCUCCAGCGCCUGGUCCGACUCCACAGCCGCCCGCCACGGCCGGCUGGGUCGCAGUGACGGGGACGGCGCCUGGUGUCCCGCGGGUCCCGUCUUCCCGGAGGAGGAGGAGGGUGCCGCCCAGGCCUCCCGACUGCGCUACAGCCGUGACCGGCACCGCUGGCUGCGCUGGCGGGACCGAUGGGGCACUGAGGAUCCCUGGGAGAUUCCUGGGGAUCCCUGGGAGGCCAACGGGAUCUCGGGGGGCAAUGGGAUCCUCGGGAGAUCCCAGGGGCUCAUGGGGAGCCAGAAAUCGCACGGGGUGACCGCUGGGCUCCUGUCCUACACGGCACCACGGGGACAGGUCAUGGCCCUUGACCCGGCGCCCGUUGUCCUCAACGACUCCACCUACGAUGGAUACAGCGUUGGCCCGCUGCAGUUUGGGGGGCUGGGCCAGCUGGGUGACGGGGUGCUGGGAUUGGACGACUUCCUGAGGAGCCGCGAGCGACGUCUUUGGCCGGGCUAUGACUACGUGGGAUGGCACCGCCCCCCGGGCCCCCGACCCCACGUGGAGCUGGAGUUCGAGUUUGAGGGGCUCCGAGCCUUCCGCGCCAUGCAGGUCCACUGCAACAACAUGCACACCCGGGGGGUGAGUAUCUUCGGGGAGGUGGAGUGUCGCUUCAAGAGGAGCCUGGCCACAGCCUGGGAGCCCACCUCGGUCACCCACAGCCUGGCUGGGGGCGUCAAGGACCCCAGCGCCCGCUCGGUCACCGUGCCUCUGGGCGGGCGUCAGGCCCGCUUCAUCCAGUGUCACUUCUUCUUCGCCGCGGAGUGGAUGCUCUUCAGUGAGAUCACCUUCCUCUCAGUCCCCGGGGAGCCCAAGCCGGGGCAGCCAGUCGCCAAAGCCGACCACAGCCACACGUCCAUCCUGAUUGGCUGCCUGGUAGCCAUCAUCUUGCUCCUAUUGGGCGUCAUCUUCCUCAUCCUCUGGCGGCAGUACUGGAAGAAGAUACUGGGGAAGCUCUCGGUGCCGGGUGACACCAUCGUCAUCAACAACGCGACGGGGGCAGGGCGGGGACCCCCCCGCUAUGAACGCAUCCCCCCGGACCUGGGCGAGUACCAGGAGCCGACACGGUCGCAGCCGUCGCUGCCCCCGGCCCCCCCGGGACCUG